GAGUGAGACUUUUGGAACUCAAACUUGAAAGUGAUUCACUUAAGUUCGCUAUAAGUAUAGCAUGGAAGAAACUUCGUUUCUCGGUUGUUUGAAGUCAUCACUAGCAGUAUGUGGUUGUUAAGUCUGCUAUUCGUAUAUGGCUGUCUGCCUUUUAUUAGUUGUGAAGAUUGUAUUGAAAGAAUUCUGCAAUGUUCAAACGUGCGAAAUCAGACGGAAAGUAGGGAAUUUUUGCCAGAUACAGAUGAAAGUCUCGAAGAAUUAUGCCGUUCUCAAGAGCCAUACAUCAGAUGUGUUUUUGAUGUUGCGAUAUCAUGCACUGAAGAACUUUCUGGCCUAGUCAAGUUGAAGUUUCUGAGUAACGAAGGCUUCUUUCAACAGUUUUGCAGACGUGGAUCAGACUGGUGGACAAGCUAUCUAGAAAUUUCUAAAUGCGUUAACCGGCGAAAGUUCCAGGUGUGUAUUGUUUCUGAUUACAUCGGAGCUCUUAAAGACCAAUAUGAUAUAGAAAGGAAAUGUUCGGCGCUCAAUGAAAUACUGGCUUGUGUUGCUAGAAUUAUUUCGAAAAAGUGCGGUAGUGGAGCAGAAGACCUAUUCCUGAGUCUCGCAGUUUUAACUACAGAUUAUGACUUUAAAUGUGCCCUUGUCGGCAGAAAAAGUGAUGGCGAAACUAUUAGUGUGUCCAAAAGAUCUAUCUCUCCGGACGCUGAAGAAAUAAACCAGCUGAAGAUUAAUUUAGGCUCUGAACCGGGAUUGCAGCUUUCAGUUUCUGAGGAUGAGGAAGAAGAAACGAUACUUAACUCUACUGAAAUUCUACGAAGAAUUGGAGAAAAUCUUCAUGAUGCAGCACAGGAGCCAUCGAUGUCUUCUACAUUUGUAAUGCAAGAUGAAAUCAAAGAUCAUUCCUCAGUUGAGGUGGCAGAAAAUACCAAGUUGUACGAUGAAACUACUGAAAGGCCAUUAGUAACGCCUGUAACCUUUGUAACUGAACCCCAUGAAAUAUCUCAAGAAUUAAAUGAAGAAACAAAUGCAGAGUCUGACGUUGCAGCUGAAAUUCCAUUAGUUACGGCUGAAACUUUAAUAACGAAACCCCAUGAAGCGCAGCAAGAGUAUUCAAAUAAAGGUUCUAAUAAUUAUAUUUAUUUGGAAGAUACGGAGAGUUCUGGUUUGGAAGAUGCAGGUUCUGCGACUGAUUCUCACCAUAUAAAAUAUUUGGAAAACGUGCGCUAUUUUAGCGACCCUCCUAAGGUAUUUGUAUUGGAUUUGUCCAAAAAUUUCGCCUCUAGAGCGAUGUCCAUUAUUCGAAAAUUUUUGGACCCAAAUUUAGACAUUGAAGCUUUCAAGUAUUCGGAUGAAACUGUACGCGUAUACUGGGAACAUCCAUUUGUACUUCCAUUCGAAACUCUCGUAUGUCGGCAAGCAGACCUCCGUGAACGAUUUUUUGGAAAAUCAUUCACAUGCGUGUUAACUCUGCCUCAUUAUUAAGCUGAGCUUUUAAGUGUACCUCUACAGUUCAAGUGAGUAGUGAGACUAUGUUACGUUGCUUAUUACAGGAGGCAAAACGAGAGAUGAAUGUGGAUGAAACUGCUUUGUUAACCUCAAACUCGGAGGUCAAAAAUUUCGACUGACCAUUUGAAAUUUUACUCGCUGAGGAAUUUUUCUAUGAUCUCCGAAAUUAUAUUCAUUGUUAAGUUUUUAAAAAGUUGUUUUCAUAAUAAAAUGUAGAACAUUGUUUAUUCA